AUGGCAGCCGCCGGGGUCCAUCACGGUGCCUCGGCGUCAUCUUGUAGACUCAGAACCUUUGCAGAUUUGGUGACCCAAAGCCCUCAACCACUUCCAGAAGUGGAAAUACCAAUUAGACCAUUGAAGGUCCUUGAUGGGGUGCCGUAUGUAUCCUUCACGAAAGAGGAAAUAGAAAGCCCAGGUCUGUGUUUGUCCGUUUUUGUUAAAGCAUUCUUGAGAGAAACAUUUGAUGUAGAAGGGAUUCCAUAUCGAAUCUUCCAGUGGUAUCCGGAUUUUGAUGAAGAAAAAGAGCCACACUUGGUUCCAGUUUGGGUCACAUUUCCAGGUCUUCCUCCUAACUUUUACCAUGAAGCUUUCCUGCGGAAUAUUACGUUGCCGGUGGGUCAAUACAUCCGUCGGGACAAUAGCACGAGAUGUGCAACACGCACGGAUGGAGCAAGGGUCUGUAUUAAAAUGGAUGCUUCAAAGAAGCCGAUUGAGUCUUUCUGGAUUGGGAUUCCUCUCCAGCCUACCAGCCGUUUGCAAAAAGUGGUGUAUGAAACUCUUCCGGCCUACUGUUGUCGCUGUCGGAUGCAAGGCCAUAACGACUCUACAUGCAAAUGGAAGGGAGGCAAGAAAGUGGAAGAGAGACUUAAAGGAGAUGGAGGACAGGUGAGAAAGGUACGGGUGAGACUAGAAGCUGGUAAUCCUGUUGGUAAUGGGGAACAAGACAAGGCCGAAAAUAGCAACCUUAUUGAAAUGGAGGGGCGAGAGGAGGAAGUUUUGAAUCAACUAGAAGAUGGUAGGGAGGAGGCAGGGGAGAAAACAGGGGAAAAAUCAACUAUGAAGGAAAACCAUCCAGACAUGGACGGAAAGGAGGCCAAUACAGAGGAAACGCAAGUAGAAGAAGUAAGAGUUGGCCGGGUCCAAGUGUGCUGUGAAGCACAACAGCCUGGAGAGCAAGAUAUCGCUGAUUUAGUAGAGGAUAUGGAAGGUUACACAACAGCAUUUAAUCAGGGAGGGGUAGUGAAUCCUGUUGGGGAUUACAUUCCUCAUUUUAACUCAGAGUUAUUAGGAUCAGUAGAAGUGGUGGAAGAGACACAAUUUGUAGGAGAGCUGGUGACUAUUGAAGACGGGGAAGAAGAAGACAAUGAGGUGGACAGGACGGUAUUAAUUUUUUCGGACUCUGAAAUUGCAGAAUGUGCGGAGAACAUUGGGAAGUCUAAGGCUAGUUUGUCUGACUCUGAGAAUCAAAUUAAACAGAAAGGAGGAAGGCUAAAGAAAUUGAUAAACAAGUAUUGUCCUGGUAUUGUUGCGUUGGCAGAACCUUUCCUAACGCAAAGACAAUUGGAGAGUGUUAAACUAAAACUUCAGCUAGAGGGUUGUUUGUCAAAUGAAGUACAAGGGGGGAAACUAUGGAUUUUAUGGGACAAGGGGGUGAAGGUGGAGCACAAGAAGCUAUGGCAAUCUUUAUCUAAUGGGGUGAGGGGAUCUACCCCAUGGCUUGUAUUAGGAGAUUUCAACAUCAUUAGAAAUGAUUUGGAACGUAGAGGUGGAAGGCCUCGACAGUAUGCGGCUAUAGAGGAAUUCAAUUCUUUUAUUGAUUCUAAUGGCUUAUCUGAAAUGAGAUAUUCUGGAAACCGACUUUCGUGGUGCAACGGACAGGAAGGAACCUCAUGGAGCUGGGCCUGUUUAGACAGGGUUCUUAUGAGUGCUGAGGUACUAUCUCUUUUUCCUGAUGCUAGCCUAGAUUACUUAGGAAGAAGUACGUCGGAUCACUCUCCUAUGGUGAUUCGGCUGUCCAACUCCUUUACAUCAUAUGGCUUUCCUCCAUUUAAAUUCCAUCAAAUGUGGGUUAAACAUGAGGCGUUCAUGGAGUGUGUGAAGGUUUCUUGGGAGAAGGGGAUGAUGGAGAGGGGAAUGGCUCGCUUGGCAAAAAAAUUGAAAAGGCUGAAAAGCUCCCUGCGUGGGUGGAAUAAGGAUGUCUUUGGGGCUACGACUCUUAACAUUAGACUACUGGAAGAUAGAGUGGAGAAGUUAGAAAAGAAAAUGCAAGAGGGCUUUAAUGAGGAAGAUGAGCAAGAUUAUUUAGUAGCAAAAAUUGAACUGAACACUUGGCUGGAACGUGAAGAAACAAGGUUGAGACAACAAGCCAAACUAGCGUGGCUGGAAAAAGGUGAAGCCAGUGCAAGUUUCUUCCGAGCUUGUAAUGCUCGGUCCAAGAGGCAGGUAAAUGAAAUGCGAUUACCCGAUGGAAGAUGGUUAAAAACUUCGGAAGAAAUUCAUGAGGAAGCAGUUCUAUAUUUCAGUAAUUUGUUGUCCCAUAAGCAGGUGGGGGUACUUCCAGAUUUAUCAAAUCUGGUACAAACAGUUGUAACAGAGGAAGAUAACGAGAGGUUGUGCCAACUCCCUUCAAUCCAAGAUGUGAGAGAUGUAGUGUUUUCCAUCCCAGUUAACAGUAGUCUGGGGCUAGAUGGGUUUGGGUCGGGUUUCUUUCAAGCUUGUUGGCAUAUUGUAGGCAAUGAUGUGGUGGAGGUAGUUCAGGAAUUCUUCUUGGGGGCUGAGUUUCCCAUUAAUUUUGCAGCAUCAUUUCUGACCCUCAUUCCCAAAGUGGAGUCGCCAGAAAAUUUUGAUAAGUUUAGGCCAAUCAGCCUAUGCUCGACCUUCUACAAAAUUUGCUCGAAAAUUUUGGUGAGUCGACUGGCUCCGAUGCUUCCACGUAUUAUAGCUCCUGAACAAGGAGCGUUUAUCCCAGGCCGAAGCAUCUUUGACAACAUAAGCCUUACUCAAGAACUCGUACAUAGUAUCAACAAACCGGUUCGAGGGGGCAAUAUCAUACUUAAGCUGGAUAUUGCUAAAGCUUAUGAUAGUGUGGAUUGGGAAUUCCUCUUGCAUGUCAUGUCUCAGUUUGGAUUUUCGAGUCAGGUGUGUGAUCUGGUCAGGAUGUGCAUCUCAAACGCUCAUUUCUCCAUCGUCAUGAACGGGGUCCCAAAGGGUUUCUUUAAAAGUGGUCGAGGAUUGAGGCAAGGGGAUCCAAUCUCCCCAUAUUUGUUUAUCAUGGUUGAAGAAAUUCUCUCGAGAAUGCUCAAAGCAAAAUUUGAAGAAAAGAAAAUUGGUGCGUUUGUCCAACCGAGAGUUAUUUUUGCUAAUGGGAGUAAAGCUUCAGUGAGAGCCAUUUUGGAGGUGCUGUCUACAUAUGAGCAAUGGACGGGUCAGAAUGUAAGCAAAGUCAAGUCUUCAAUUACCUUCUCGAAACAUAUUUCCAGGCCUAGACGGCGAUCGAUACUACGUAUCUCUGGAUUUGUGGAAGGUAAAAUGCCUUUCAAAUACCUGGGAGUCCCAAUCAUUUCUGGGCGUAUGAAGGCAGUUUUCUUAGAGGAAAUUGUUGGAAAAAUUAAAGUAAGGCCAAAAAAGCAUUGGAAGGCAUGGGAUAAAUUAUGUUUACCUGCAGCAGAAGGUGGAAUGGGGUUCAGAAAAUUCACAGAUAUUCAAAAGUCCCUCUUCAUGAAGUUUGCGUGGAAGAUUAUGGUAGAGGACUCGCUGUGGUCUAAUUUUUUUAGAGCCAAAUAUGUGCGACAGAAUCAUAUCUCCUUGGUGGAUAGGGGAAAAGGCACCAGAUUUUGGAGGAUGGUUGCAUCAUGUAUCCCCGAGGUGUUAAAUCUCUCAAAAUGGAAGAUAAAAAAUGGUAACAUAUCCUUUUGGUUUGACAAGUGGCUGGAUGAGGGCCCUUUAUGUAACCUGGCUCCUAUGGAUGAUUCCCCAAAUCUACAAGUUACAGAAUUUAAAAUGGAAAAUGGGUGGGAUGCUGUCAAACUACACGGUAUAUUAGGGGCGGAGCUUACAGAAAAAGUGCUGGAAGUUUUAUGCAAAAGUAGAGCAGGGGCAGAUGUACUGAUAUGGACAGCUAGUAAGGAUGGAAAAUUCUCCACUAAAAGUGCAUGGAAUUGUGUUAGAAUUAAUGCUCCCAAGGUGAGAUGGGCUAACUGGGUUUGGCAUCCUUGCAUCCCAAAGAAUAUUUCGGUUAAUAUGUGGAAAGCUUUUAAUAAUGCUUUAAGUGUGGAUGAUAAAAUAAAAUCCAUUGGUAUUCCAAUAGCUUCAAAAUGUGACUGUUGUGUGCAUGGGGCAUAUGAAAACAGAGACCAUGUGCUAGCAAAUGGAGACAUUGCAAAGGAGGUUUGGAGAAUAGCAUAUGCGCAGAUGGGUCUGGGAAGAUCUACAGGUACCUCUUGGAACCAGAUAGUGGAGGAAUGGUUCUCUAAAGCUUCCAAGGCAUCACAGCUGGGACACAUUCUCGGGAUGAUCCCGUCCAUUGUAACCUGGUCUCUCUGGCUAAGGCAUUGUAAGGCACGGGCGGAAGGAGUAAAAGAUUCGGCCAUCACGGUAUGGUACAAUAUUAAAACAUGGAUUGGAAAGGUGGGAGAAAAGCUUAAAGUGGGGAAAGUUCUUUCGUGUCGGGAUCAAAAAAUACUAAUGGAGUUGAAUAUUCCAAUUAAAUUUCCGAGAAGAGCUAUUCCGAAGCUGGUGUGA